UAUGUUUUUUAUUGCGCCUACGUAAAAUUCCACGAGCCAAUCAGAAGCCGCGCCAUGCCCAUGACGCAGCGAUUCAAACACGGAAGUAUGAGGAGACGUGGGACGUGGAUGAGGUGGGCGAUUCCAGUCAGAUCUACUGAAAACGGAAGCAGAAACUCCUUUACAUGGCAGAGAAGGAGGACUGUGAAGGGGUGAUAGCCACAGAGCGCUAUGGCUCACAGGAGUCAUGGAAAUACCUGCUGAAGGAUGAUGGGAGCAUGAAGAGACAGAAGGAUGCAGCGGACGGCAGACUGGCGGGAAAUUCGAUCUCUGGCGUGUUUAAAAGUGUGUUCCUGCCGCAGGGCUAUCCCGAAAGUGUCAGUGAGGAUUACCUACAGUAUCAGCUCUGGGACACUGUGCAGGCAUUUUCCAGCUCUCUGUCUGGCACGCUUGCCACUCAGGCUUCACUGAAGGGUGUUGGUGUUGGAAAUCAAGAAGCAACAGUUGCAGCAGCUACAAUAACGUGGCUGCUGAGGGGUAAGUGCACAAAUGACUUAUGUUUAUUUUUGAAUGCAUGCUUUUCUAACCAUUUUCCCCAUCUCUUUUUUUUUUUUUUUUCAGAUGGAACUGGGAUGCUAGGAAGAAUAGUUUUUGCUUGGCUCAAAGGGAACAAGUUAGAUUCUGAAGCCAAAAAAUGGAGGCUCUUCGCUGACAUUCUCAAUGACGUGGCAAUGUUCAUGGAGAUUGCAGCUCCUCAUUUCCCUCCUUUUUUCACUCUAAUCGUCUGCAUUGCUGGGAUAUUUAAGUCCAUUGUAGGAGUCGCUGGUGGAGCAACAAGAGCUGCCUUAACUGUCCAUCAGGCUCGCAGAAACAACAUGGCUGAUAUCUCCGCCAAAGAUGGGAGCCAGGAAACCCUGGUGAACCUGGCAGGACUGCUGGUCAGCCUGGCACUCAUCCCGCUUGUGACAGAUAACCCCUUGUUGACGUUCAUCCUGUUCUUCCUGUUCACUGUCCUCCACCUGUUUGCCAAUUACAAAGCGGUUCGUUCUGUGGUUAUGGAAACGCUCAACGAGGCUCGCUUGUCCAUAGUCCUGCAUCAGUACCUGCUUGAUGGUCAACUGCUCAGUCCAGUGGAGGCCAAUCAGAAGGAGCCCGUCUUCUUGUCGCUUGGAAGGACAGUUCCCAUAAAGUUUGGUGUGAGGCUUGGAGACAUUGUUCAAGAGCCAGGAGAACUGCAGCUGGCAUUGAAGAACAACAGCAAACCGUAUCUCAUUGGAAUAAAAAAUGGUACUGUGUGUGUGUGUCUGGGAAGCGAUGCUUCUGUGCGUGAUGAAAUCAUGGCAGCGUGUCAGGCCUUGUGUCUCCGUGCUGUGCUGCUGGAUGAUUCCUCUCUGAGCGGUGCGCUCAAGCAGCUCUCAAACACUAAGGACCCAUGGGAGUUAGUAUCACAGAGUCAUAAGAUGAUUAAUCACAUUUUCCAGACAUUCCUAAAAGAACUGGAUCAAGCAAAGUGGCAAACAGACCGGACACUGCUGGACUGGAAUGAGUGGCGUGUGGAAUGGAGCAAAAAGAGAAGCUGAAGCAAAUUUCGAAAGAAAUAGCAGCUUUUGACUGAUAUUCACUUUGAAACAUCUGUCAGUUUUAAAAGAUUUGAAGUGCUGAAAGAAUGCAGAUUUCCGCAAGUGUCUUAAAUACACCAUACAAAUAAAAACAAAGAGGAG